AUGGUCUCAAUCCAGUCUGAGCAUCCUCACAAGUUCCUCAAGAAACCACGCGUGGCAGCGGUCAUUCCUUGUCCCUUCAGUGGCGGUCAGCCACGAGCGGGAGUAGACCAUGGACCGAGCCAUUUGAUCCAAGACGGGCUGAUCAAAAGCAUCGAAUCCGUAGGCUACUCGACCGUCCUUGACGAGCUUAACCUGUCCACGAUCUUGAAAGAAGACGACUUGGAUAUCGGGAUACUCAAAAACCCUCGGCUGGUCUCAGAGACAAACAAAACCUUAAUGAAAAUAAUCGACUCUCACACGGCGAAUGGUGAAUUUGUCGUUACCAUCGGUGGCGACCAUUCUUUGGCCAUUGGUACUCUCAGCGGCACUUUGAAUGCGUUUCCGGAGGCUUGUGUGAUAUGGGUUGAUGCGCAUGCAGAUAUAAACACACCCGAAACAACUGAGUCAGGGAACAUGCACGGAUGUCCGGUAUCAUUUUUAUUGUCGACCUUGAAAGCGGGGACAGAUCUUGAGCCUUUCCAAUGGAUCAAACCGUGCCUGCAACCAGACCGAUUGGUUUACAUCGGCCUGAGGGAUAUCGAUAUGGGCGAACGGAAAAUCUUAAAAGAUAACAACAUUCGUUGUUUUACGAUGCACGACAUUGAUAGACAUGGAAUCGGGAAAGUCGUGGAAAUGGCUUUGGAAAGCGUAAAUAAAGAUUUGAAGCGACCGAUUCAUCUCUCGUUUGACGUUGACGCCUUGGAUCCCAGUGUGGCACCAUCGACGGGUACCCCUGUUCGGGGAGGAUUAACUUUUCGCGAAGGCCAUUACAUCUGUGAAGCGAUCUACGAAACCGGAUGUCUGGUGGCGUUGGACCUCAUGGAAGUUAAUCCGACUCUCAUGUCAACUCAAGCCGAUGUGAUUCAAACCCUGAGCGUAGGACAAAGCUUGAUCCGGUCUGCUAUGGGCGAAGCGUUAAUCUAA